UAUCUUUGGAAUAAUUAGGGUUCCUGCACAUUUCUAUCCACUUGUUUUAUUACUAUUAAUGGAAAUUUUCUUUCCGCGAAAAUGGUUCGCAGGUCAUUUGUGUGGACUGAUUUCAGGAUAUCUUUAUUCUUUCGGAUACCUUUCAAAAAUUCUACCCGCCUCUGGAUUCUUUGUCAAUCUUGAAUCUAAAUCCAUAAUUCAACGAAUAUCGCGAAUUCGUGGAUUUGUCAAAGCAGAAGAGGGAAGUCGAGGUGGAUGGUGGCUACCACUUUGGAAUGAUGAUGAUACAUUAGAAGAUGCUAUACAUCCGCCUGGAGAAGUAUUAAAUCAGAUUCCUAAUACAACCGGUGCUGCUGCUUCCACUACUAGAACAUCCACAAUUCCAACUGCCAAUAUCACAACAACUACAACAAAUACCUCCUCACCGCCACCACCUCCCAGAUCUACUACCUCUGCUUCUGUCUUUAUAGUGCCCUCCUCUAAUUCAUCAAGUCGAUCUACGUCACCAGUUACUGUCGCCACUAUUAACACAACUACCGCCAUUAAUGACCCACCCCCUAUGAUAAAUCAAGCAAAACAGGAGACAGCGAUUAAAGUUCCAGAGGAACAAGAUUUGCUUAAUACUCAUUGA